CUGAAUGAUUUCUUCGUCCAGCACAGCAUACCGAAGGAAAACAAGCAACUGUUGAAGAAAUCGGUUGAUGAGGAGUAUCGUAAUUGGGCUUCGAUGUCCAACGAGAACGACAUCACCAGUCACUUCGGGUCGGCCGGAUCUCCGCCGCUGCUGUUGUGUUUGCAAUUCAAGAUGAUCGUUGAAACCGACACGAUCAGUCCGGUGGCGUUUAAAAUUCUCGAACGCAUCGGUGCCCGGGCCCUGUCGGCUCAUUUGCGCAAGCUGUGCGAUUAUCUCGUGUUUGAGGUAUCGAAUUCCGGUGUUAGCGCACACGUCAACAAGUGUGUGGACACCAUCAACGACAUGAUAUGGAAGUAUAACAUCAUCACGAUCGACCGGCUGGUCCUCUGUCUGUUACUCCGUACUCUGGAAGGUAACGAAGCACAGGUUUGCUUCUGCAUCAUCCAACUGCUGCUACUGAAAACGUCCGAGUUCCGCAACCGGCUGCAGGAGUUCGUUAGCAUCAACUCGCCGGAACACUGGAAGGAGAACAACUGGCACGAGAAGCAUCUGGCGUUCCACCAGAAGUUCCCGGAAAAAUUCGCUCCGGAUGAAUCGGUUUCCCACCCAUCGUUACCGGUCUAUUUUGGCAACGUUUGUCUUCGAUUCCUACCGGUGCUUGAUAUCACCAUCCAUCGGUAUCUGGAGGUGCCACCAAGUAUGAGUAAAACGCUGGACGUUUUGCUCGAUCACCUGGGUAUGUUGUACAAGUUCCACGAUCGGCCGAUAACGUACCUGUACAACACCUUACACUAUUAUGAAAGACGGUUGAGAGAUCGACCUCAGCUGAAGAAGCGGCUGGUGGGAACAGUGAUCGGUUCGCUGAAAGACGUCCGCCCAGACAAUUGGGCCCUGACCGAGCAGUAUCAGCUGAACAUGCUGAAAAAGGACGAAACCAUCACCUGGGUGCCGGAGUUGACGUACUACAUCGGACUCGUUCGGCGCAUGCAGGACACAAUCGACGGUAAGAACGUGUUCCCCGGUACCGAUUGGCGGUUCAAUGAGUUCCCGAACCCCCCGGCUCACGCCCUGUACGUGACUUGCGUUGAGCUGCUGGGACUUCCAGCCGGACCCCAAGUGGUAGCCAACAGUCUGAUCGACGUCAUCGUCAAGGGUUACCCGGUGAUCCCACACCAGAGCAUCCACAACUGGAUCAACACCAUUGGUCUGAUCAUGGCGGCGCUGCCGGAAUCCUACUGGGGUGUCAUCUACGACCGGCUGCAGGACAUGAUCAGCUGCGCCCAGAUGACCGACUGGACUCACCGCCAGAGCCCGUUCGAAAUGUUUAACUUCAAAAUAGUCAAGGAAGCUAUGCUGGAGAAAAAUUACGUGGUGAUUCUGGCGAUCGCCCAGAGUAUCUUGCAUCACAGUGGAAUAGGCCAGAUUUCCACUGUUACAGACUACAUCAAAGAAAAGUUCAAGCCCAUAAUCAAAACUGAGUAUCAAUUGAUCUAUCUCUGUCACGUGGUUGGACCCUUUCUGAAUCGGCUGAGUACUGAGCGACCGAGAGCCGUUUCGGAUAUCACCCUCAUUCUGUACGAAUUGCUAGAACAGGUCGACAAAGCCCAACCCACGGGACCUCUCAAGUAUAUGGAUCCGAUUUGUGAUUUGUUGUACCACAUCAAGUACAUGUUCGUGGGCGAUAUGAUGAAGUCCGACUUGGAGGCCAUCAUCCGUCGGCUGCGACCAGCCCUUCAGAUGCGGCUACGUUUCAUAACGCGGUUGAACGUUGAUGAAAUCGGUGUCGAUCAACCGAAUCCGGAAGUGUCCGGUGGUCAGACAGCAGGAGCAGGUGGCGCCGCCUCCGGUCAACAAGCUGCCACGCCUAGCAGCAGUGCUGCGUCUGGUUCGAUUCCCGGCGGUCAACCAGCAGCGCAACAACAACCAUCGACUUCAAUCGUUCCCCAAUCCCAAACCCAAGCCCAGCCACAGCAAGUGCAACAGCAACAGUAAACAAACAGUAAGUUGUCUCCCAUUGAUUCUCGUACACAUUUUCCCAUUAACAUAACUAUAUUCAUAUAAGGAAAAGUAACAUUUAUAUUUCUCACAAAAUAUUUAACGAUAACAGUGCUACAAUAUACAUAUUUUUAUUUU